AUGACUUGUAAUCGGACCUACCGAUCUCUGCAGCCUCACCUCGAUACCUCGAUGGUGACGCUCUACUUUGACAUGGCCAUCCACCCAAUUAUCCGUCCACCCACUCAGCCAGUAGACCGGCCUGUCAUGCACACGCUAUACGCAGGAAAAAAUUCUUGCAUAUACACACAAUCCGGUCAUGUGGUAGACGCACUCGUCAAGUGA